GCCGCCCACCGCCGCCGCUGCGCCCUUCGCCGCCCGCACCUCCCCGCAGCCUGCCCUGAUGCACUGAGCCCGCGCGGCCCAGACCCGGCCCCUUCCCGGUCCCUUCCCGGUCCGCGCCGCCAUCUCCCCGCGCCCCCGUUGAAGCUGCCCGCUUCGCACCGAGGGAGCCGGCGGGAGGAGAAGCCAGCCCGCCCGCCGCCAUGGAGAGCCCCGGCGGCGUCACCGACAAGAAGAGGAUCAGCUCAGAACGCAGAAAAGAGAAGUCAAGAGAUGCAGCUCGAUGUCGCAGGAGCAAGGAAUCGGAGGUGUUCUACGAGCUGGCUCAUCAGCUGCCCCUGCCCCACACCGUCAGCGCACACCUGGACAAGGCGUCCAUUAUGAGACUGACCAUCAGCUACUUGCGCAUGAGGAAGCUGCUGGAUGCUGGUGAGCUGGAGACAGAAGCCAAAAUGGAGAAGGAACUGAACUGUUUCUACUUGAAAGCUCUUGAUGGAUUUGUCAUGGUUCUGUCCGAAGAUGGGGACAUGAUUUACAUGUCUGAAAAUGUGAACAAGUGCAUGGGACUCACUCAGUUUGAGUUAACGGGGCACAGUGUAUUUGAUUUCACUCAUCCAUGUGACCAUGAAGAGCUGAGAGAAAUGCUUACACACAGAAAUGGUCCUGUGAAAAAGGGCAAAGAGCAAAACACGGAGCGCAGCUUUUUUCUCAGAAUGAAGUGUACGCUGACCAGCAGGGGAAGAACAGUGAACAUAAAGUCUGCUACAUGGAAGGUACUUCACUGCACUGGACACAUCCGUGUCUAUGACACGUGUGGUAAUCAAAAUCACUGUGGCUACAAAAAGCCUCCCAUGACAUGUCUGGUGUUGAUCUGUGAACCUAUUCCUCAUCCAUCAAACAUCGAGGUCCCCCUGGACAGUAAAACGUUCCUCAGUCGUCACAGUCUUGAUAUGAAAUUUUCCUAUUGUGAUGAAAGAAUUACAGAGUUGAUGGGCUAUGCGCCAGAGGAACUCCUGGGACGCUCAAUCUACGAGUACUAUCACGCCCUGGAUUCUGACCAUCUGACCAAAACACACCAUGACAUGUUCACAAAAGGGCAGGUGACAACAGGACAGUACAGAAUGCUUGCUAAACAAGGUGGCUAUGUCUGGGUCGAAACUCAAGCAACUGUUAUAUACAACACUAAGAAUUCUCAGCCCCAGUGCAUAGUGUGUGUCAACUACGUGUUGAGUGGUAUUGUUCAGAAGGACUUAAUUUUUUCCCUCGGACAAACUGAGUGUAUGUUGAAACCAGUGGAGUCUCCUGAUAUGAAAAUGACCAAAAUAUUCAGCAAAGAUGACCUGGAUGAUACCAGCAGCCUAUUUGAGAAACUUAAACAGGAACCAGAUGCUUUAACUGUGCUGGCCCCAGCUGCUGGAGACACAAUUAUCUCUCUAGAUUUCAGCAGUAAUGAGUCUGAUGAACAACAAUGUGAUGAAGUUCCUUUGUAUAAUGAUGUAAUGCUCCCCUCAUCCAGUGAGAAAUUGCAGAAUAUAACUAUGGCAAUGUCGCCACUACCUGCCUCUGAAACUACAAAGCCACUCCGUAGCAAUGCUGAUCCUGCACUCAAUAGAGAAGUUGUGUCAAAGCUGGAGCCAAACACAGAGCCACUUGAACUUUCUUUUACCAUGCCUCAGGUGCAGGAGCAACCAACCAGCCCUUCUGAUGCAAGUACCAGCCAAAGUUCACCUGAGCCCAAUAGUCCCAACGACUACUGCUUUGAUGUGGACAAUGAUAUGGCUAAUGAGUUCAAACUGGAAUUAGUGGAGAAACUCUUUGCAAUAGAUACAGAAGCAAAAAAUCCAUUCUCUACUCAGGAAACUGAUUUAGAUUUGGAGAUGUUGGCUCCUUACAUCCCGAUGGAUGAUGACUUCCAGCUGCGAUCCUUCGAUCAGCUCUCCCCGCUGGAAAGCAGUUCUUCUGGCUCGCAAAACGCAGCCACCAUCACCAUCUUUCAACAGCCUCAGACACCGCCAAGUACUGCUGAGGAAAUAAAACCAGCGACGGAACGCGUGGAUGACGUGAAGAUGCUGAUUGUUCCUUCAUCUCCUGUCCACAUCAUCAAUGAAACGAGUAGUGCCCCAGCAUCACCUUACAGUGGGAACAGGAGUCGAACUGCAUCUCCAGUCAGAGCAGGGAAAGGAACGUUGGAUCAGACAGAAAAAUCUUGCCCAGGAGUGCCCAGUUUGCUAACAGUCACUCUCAACAAAAGAUCUACUGCAAUGGAUGAAGAACUAAAUCCAAAGAUGCUAGCUUUGCAUAAUGCUCAGAGAAAACGAAAAAUGGAACAUGAUGGUUCACUUUUUCAGGCAGUUGGAAUUGGCUCUUUAUUCCAGCAGACAGGUGACGGUGGAGGAAAUGCAUCACUUGCUUGGAAACGUGUAAAGGGAUGCAAAACAAACGGCCGCAGUGGAGUGGAGCAGAAGACAAUCAUUCUACUAUCAACUGACAUAGCAAGUAAACUCCUAGGGCAGUCGAUGGAUGAAAGCGGCCUACCCCAACUCACGAGUUACGACUGCGAAGUAAACGCUCCCAUACAAGGCAACAGAAACCUGCUACAGGGUGAAGAACUGCUCAGAGCUCUGGAUCAAGUUAACUGAGCUUUCACAAUACUUGUUCCUUUUUUGGACACUGGUGAAUCAUCACCUAAAGCAGUCUAUUUAUAUUUUCUAUAUCUGAUUUUAGAAGCCUGGCUACAGUACUGCACUAAUUCAGUUAGUUCAGUUUUGAUCCCCUUUCUACUUAUUUUGACAGUCUUUUUAAUAUGUUCUUUAUGUAACAAUAACUCAAAACUAUAGUGCAUUUUUAUAAUUCUUUGGUACAUACACUUUUAAGUCCAUUACAUUUAAAACACACUUGCAAUAGCAGCUUUGAAAUAUGCACCUGAUUUUAAAACAAAAUAUUUAUUUUUUGGCUGGGGAGUUGGGUCACCAAAACUUACCAUUAGUGAUGUGUCAACACAGGAAAAAAACUGGCAACGCUUCCAUCCUGCUCUUCAGAGGCAGUCUUGGAAGACUUGUGCUCUCUUACUCUUUUAUGUUCAAACAAGUUUUUUAUUUCAGUAGUUUUUUUGUAAGAAACAACGAUGCUUUGCAGCGGUGCAUUGUAGCCACAAUCGCACAAUAUAUUUUCUUAAGAAAUACCAGCAGUUCCUCAUGCAAUAUAUCCUGCAUUUAUAAGAACUAGUUUUUAAGAAGAAUCUCCCUUUUGUUUGCUUAUGAAAUCGUGUUUAAACCUGGAUUAUGUCAUUAUUUUAGUCACGUUGUAAUAUAAAUUGUUCCUAAAUGCUGUCUUUAAACGCUUUUGACUUCAGUGAGUGUGGUUAGUCAAAGGAAAGGCUUCACCUGGAAAGGGCUAGCAGCAUUUUAUUUGGAUAUGUUCUCAAUUUAGAGAGAGUUUGAUGUUCUUAAAGUAGUCACUUUGCCAGCUUAAAAAAUUCCCUGCCUGUAGUUGUUGAAGUUAAUGCUAAUAUUGUGUAUGAUCUUAAAUGUUCAGCUGACCCUGUGUGGUAUAGGUGAUAUUUCAAGCUGAUUUGUAAAACAUCUUGCAUCGGUAGCAGAGUUUUAUCUAGUACAUCAUUGAGUUGCUCAGUAUUUUGAUGUUUUGGUUUUAUGCACUUUGUUGCUAUUAACAUCCGUAUGUUUUCAUGUAGAUUUCAAUAACUUGAAUAUACUUAGAAGCCUUUUUAUUUAGAAAUAUAUAGUUGUCACAAACAUCUUAUUUUUCCUAUAUGUACUGUACAAAACCUUCAUUCACUCAUUCUUUUUGCUCUUUGUGGUUGGAUCUAACACUAACUGUAUUGUUUUCUUACAUCAAUAAACUAUAUGUGGACCAGGCCCCCUUGAGGAGUGUGUUAUCUGAGAGAAAUGAGAUAAUUUAUAUUUUUGUUAGUGGUUAUUGUUCAUCCGUGUUCCCUUUUUAACUUAGAAUUGAUUGCAAAUCACUGCUUCCUUAUUUUUCAUUGUAACAUCUCCGUGUUAAUUGAGCCUCUUCAGUACUGAAGUCUCCUAGACAGUGUUGUACUACCGCUCACCAAAGAUGUUAACCUCUGAAAGCUGUUACCACACCAGUUAGCAAACUUGAAAGGGAGGAAGGAGGCAGCAGAUUUGUGUUCCUUUAGAGUGGAGAGAUCCUUACGAACGGCUUAAAGGCUUGUCUGUGGAAGCUUUAUCAAGGUAAGGCUGGAAAGCAGGAAAAAUAACAGUUCAGAGUGAUCAAUUAAAGGUGGAUUUUUUUUUUUUAAGUCACAGAUCUGCAUGAUCAAAACAGUAGCCUGGUACUUGAUGAUACAGCUUGUUCUGCUUUCUUGUGCUGCUGGCUCUGGCUUUGGCUAGGUGACUUUUCUCUCUUUGCUGUCAUGAAACACAGUGCAACUGGUAGGACUUUACAAUGUGUAUGUUUAGUCAAGACAGCCUGAGCAUUCUCCAGGCUAUUUUAAAAAACCUUAUCUCAGUGUCAGAAAUCAAAUGUGGAGUGUCAUAGGAACGAUUUUCAUUCACUUUUCGUUUCACUCUCAAGUCUUGGUUUUCAAAACCUUCCUCGGACAUGUUCCUGUGUGACCUGAUUGAGGGGAACCUGCUUUAGCAGGGGGUUGGACUAGUUCUCUAGAGGUCCCUUCUAAUCCCCUUAUCAUUCUAUGAUUCUAAUGGUAUAUAAUCUGUUCUCUAAAGUUGCUAUUAGUGUUUCAUCAGAACAAGCUCUUUUCAUACUGACACAACUGUAUUAAACUAAGUGGAAACAAUUAGCUACCAACUGAAAAGAGAUCAGGCGCUAGUAGCAGAAGACAGUUGCAUACUUGGUAGUUUUGAGAAGUUGCACGGAGAGGGGAAGGUGUGUACAUGCACUGAGCUAUAGUUGAAGCUUCCUGCAGAGAACAUUUUGAAUAUAUACAGCUGCUACUGAAUAUUACAGAGUUCUAAUGCAGCCUUUAAGUGUAAAAAAAACUUACCACGUUCUCUGGUUGGAAGCAGUAGAGCUCCUGCCUGCCUGCUGUGUGAGGUCUCUGGGAUGAUAUUCUUUCCAUGGCAUGUCUUUGUCAGCAGUUAAUAGGUUUAAUAGUGAAGUGGCUAAAGUCUUGGGUAAAGUGCCAGCUGUUAGGGGCUCUACAGGGAUUGACAAGGUGCUUUUGUAAGGGAGUGAGGAGAGUCUUGCAGAUGUGUGAAAGGUGUGGGUGCAUUCUGCUUUUCUUGCUGCCCUGACAAGCUUUGAGCUGGCCUGGGGAGGUUAUCCCUUUUCAUGUCCCAAGGGGGACUCCAUGCUGUCCUGCAUGAUGUUGUUCUCCUACUCCCUUGACCUUAUUUUGGAGCAGCCUGACCUGUUUGGAUCUCUCAGUUCUUCUUCUGUAUACUUCAGUUUAAGAGGGCAGUAAAAAUCUGUGUUAGAAAGGGGAGGAAAAUGUGACCCACAUGAUUUAUGGUUAGGAGCCUGCUGGAAUCAUCUCUGGCCUUAAUGACAGCAGCUGUGUAUUUAAAUGAGACAUGUUUCAUGUAAGAAUCUUCCCAACUCCCACAUUUGUAUUAUACAUAAUAACAAGGCAUAGCAUUUUGUUUACCAUCCUGGUAAAAGUGACUGAAACGAGCAAUGAAUGGAAUGAACUGCAGUAGCUGUAUUGGCUUAGUCUGGGGAAAAAAACACAACCAACCAACCAAACCCCAUUAAACCUCCUUAAAACACUGAAGAAAGCCCUGAAAAGUAACAGUAACUGCUCUGGCCUUGUGUGAGCUUUGCUGAAUGCAGAAGGCCAGUUGGCAAAAUCUAGAAGUACACAUUUUAGCUGCUUUGUGUCUUACCUUUUAUUCUUAGACUCUAGGAAUACACAGCCUGAUUCUAAACCUACUUUGGAGAACAAGAUUAUAGGAUACGUUACUUUCUAAAUGCUUUCUUUGUGAUUUUUGAGUAAUUUCUUUGCCUUUGCUAACUUUUAAAUUGUUGAGGCAUGAUGUUAAGAGCACUUUGUCCUUUGCUGGUAGUAAAGAAGAAACUGUAGGUAGAUACAGUGAUAGAUUAUGUGGAAAUGAUAAACUAGGGCGAAUAACCAAGUUAGCUGCCAGCAGGUUCUCACGCCUACAGCAGUAGUCAGCCAUGCCUUCGUGCCUAGCACAAUUAUUGUUCUUACAGAGGGAUUCUAACUUGUUUUUAUCAAUAGCAGUGAUAGUUUGGUUAAAAGGCAAAGAGGUUUUUAAACUAAUAUUUGAUGACAUCAUUCAUACCUUUACCUGAAGGCAAUUAUAAUUAAACACAUCUGUGGCUCAGAAGUCACUGAAAUCUUUCCAGUAACUGAGUCUCAGCUAUAGUAAAUUGUAGUAAAAACUAAGUAAAUUAAGUCCAACAUACACCUUCCUACCAGGUAGUAAGAGGGGCUUGGACUGUGGUGAUCUUUGAAAACCUUUGAGUGCAGCAGAAACAAUUUAAGUUUCCUUUCUUGUGUGUCUGUGCACACAUUAACUCUCCCCGAGUCAUUUCUGAACUAAAGAAUUGCAGAUUACGGCCAGAAAGAACAAUUAAAACUUUGCACAUAGCACUGUUGACCAUGUAAAGACUUCAAAAGCUUAUUUUGGAUGAAUUGAUCAGCUCUGCUUCCAAUGGAAUACAACAGUAGGAUCAAAACCAGGUGAUGAUUGCAGGAUAAACUACUGCCCAGUUAAUAGCAAUUUUACAAUAUUUAAAAAGUUGUUUCACUAAACAGCUAAACUGUGGCGGCUAAAGACACAAAGGGGGGCUGUUGGCAAGGCUUUCUCUGUUACACUGCUGCACCAACCCUUGCCUUUUGAUGACCAAACAGUGCUGGGGAGGUGUGAGUACCUGAACACUGCCAGCCCAGCUGGGUCUACCCCUGCUCCUGACCCUCUGAUCAGCUCUGCCAAACAGAUCACCCAUUUCCAUCAUGGGGCACUGCACUUAGGCAUGUUAUUCCAACUGUAAUUGUCCAGCAUGAAAAGAAACAUGUCAGAGGCCAGGAGUGCUUUGUAGGAAGACUGUUGUUGUAGGAAGUCAUGAGAGCUGGCUAUCCAGCUUUCAUUACAAAUACUCUUAGCAGUUAGGCACUUGCCUCUCUAGAAAGCUCCAUGCUGGAGAACUGCCAUAUGUUUUUUUUUAUUGAUCUGUAUUUUAGAACUGUGUUGCCAUUUUCCUUCUGCUUCCUUAUUUACCUUGAGCAAGGCUUGCCAAGUUACCAAAAAGUUCAAGAGUUUGCUACUGGAUUUAUACAGUAUGGUAGAUUUUGUGAAUAAUAGCAGUAUUCUCUCAUGCAGAAGUGGUAUAUUUUAAUGGAAUUCUCUUUUGGAACCAAGUACAACGUAUUGCAAUUGAUAUUUCUCUUGAAACAUUUUGACAUACUUGUGACUGUAUUUCUUUUUGAUUGUGUAACAGUAUAAAAUUCAAUAAAAGAGAGGGUUUGUUUCUAA